UAUAUCAAGGAAUAUUAUUAAAGUGAUGGUUUCGUAAUAAGGUUCGCGACAAUUGUGAAAAGUGCAUGUACUACAAAGUUCAACGGGUCUUGCGUUCUAACCACCUUGUUCACUCACAAUGGUUGCGAUAACCGAGAAGAAGGCUCCGGCCGAGAAAAAGGUAGUGAAGGGUAAGGAGGACAGCAAGAAGCUCCCGGCUGUCCCCGAGUCAGUGCUCAAGCAUCGCAAACGUAGAGAUGCGCUGCGUGCUCGCCGUGUUCAGCUUACCAUCAAAAGGCGUUCAGCAGCCAUCAAGAAGAAGAAGGACAUCUUCAAAAGGGCUGAACAGUAUGUUAAGGAAUACCGUAUUAAGGAGCGUGAUGAGAUCAGGCUUAUUAGACAGGCACGCAACCGAGGCAACUACUAUGUACCCGGUGAAGCCAAGCUUGCAUUCGUAAUUCGUAUCCGUGGUAUCAACCAGGUCUCUCCUAAGGUCCGCAAAGUCCUCAAGCUGUUCAGACUGAGACAAAUCAACAAUGGUGUGUUCAUAAAACUCAACAAAGCAACAGUAAACAUGCUUCGUAUUGCUGAGCCUUACAUCACGUGGGGCUAUCCCAACCUCAAGAGUGUGCGUGAGCUUACGUACAAACGUGGUUUUGCCAAAGUGAACGGCCAAAGGGUUGCUAUUACAUCGAAUAAGAUCAUUGAAGACAAACUCGGCAAGAGCAACAUCAUCUGUGUGGAGGAUCUCAUCCACGAAAUCUUUACUGUUGGUGACAAGUUCAAGUACGCGAGUAAUUUCCUAUGGCCAUUCAAACUGAACAACCCGACCGGUGGUUGGCGUAAGAAGACCAUUCACUACGUCGACGGUGGCGACUUUGGAAACCGUGAGGACAAGAUCAACGAGCUCCUGAGGAGAAUGGUCUAAAUAAAUAGAUUUUAAUGUUAAA